AUGAAUUCAAAAAAAAAUAAUCAUGCUCUUCAAAAGUCAAUAAUUUGGAAAUAAUCAAAUAAAUGGGAUUAAGAGAAAUAUAAAAGAGUGAAAGAGUCAAUUCAAAUCAGAAUAAAGAAAAAUAAUGAAAUCGUUUACUCAACUUCUGAUGGAGAAAUUCUAAGAAUGUAAACCUUAAUUAAUAAAUAAAAUAGAGAAAAACCUUAAGAAUAUUUAAUCAAUCAUUUCUUAUUCAAUAAUAAGGAUUAGAUCAAAAAUCUACUAUGGUUUUGUGAAUAUAGAUAAAGCAAUAGAUAAUAUUAAAAAUGGAGUGCUACUUGGGGUGGAGAAGUUUUAAGAGGAGUUGGUGGAUACAUAAAUAAUGGAUUAAAAGAAGGGUCAUGGAAGGAAUUAAUUUAAAAUUAUUCAAGGUUAAUAAUUAGUUAUUUCUUAUAAAUAUAGUUAAGUUAUAGUAUAUCAAAUUGGACAAUACCUAAAUGAUAAAAAAAAAGGAAUAUGGGAAUUUAUGUAUAAGAAUAAUAAGAUGUAUUUUUAUUUAUUAAAUAAUUUAGUGGUAGUGGAUUAUACAAUGAAUAAGGCUAGAAGCAUUGUAAAUGGAGAGAGUUGAGUCAUGACUUUUCGGAUUAAUCUUAAAUUACUUUAAAAGGUGAAUACAAAAACGGCAAAAAGAUUGGGAGAUGGGAUGUUUUUUAUGGAGAGUUUGAACUGAUGUAAAUAUUAGAAAAUAAUCUUAUUUUAUUAGUGGUGGAGGAUCGUAUGAUGAAAUAGGUAAUAGCACAAAGAUUGGCCAUUGGAUUGAGUUGAGAGAUGAUUUUUGGAAUUAAUCAUAAGUCAUUUUUAUUGGUGAAUAUAAGAAUAGUUAAAAAUUAGGAAGAUGGAAUAUUUUGUAUAGAUAAAUAAAUAAACAAAAUUUUAAAUAGAUGUAAAAUAUUAAAUAUAAUCCAUUCUUAGUGGAGGAGGAUGUUUUUCUGAAAGUAAAGGUUUGAAAGAAGGAUAAUGGACUGAAUUGAGUGAUGGAUUUUGGUACGAUUAAUAAAUCACCAUUAAAGGAGUAUACAAAAAAGGCAAAAAAGUUGGGAAAUGGAAUAUUUGGUAUCAUAAUCGAGACACUAAUAAGAAUGAUUAGAUGUAGAAAAUUAAGUUCACAGUUUUAGUGGAGGAGGUUCUUAUGAUGAAAGAGGUGAUGGUAUUAAAAUCGGAAAAUGGAUUGAGUUAAGUGAUGGGUUUUGGAUUGGAGCAUAAAUAACUUUUUAAGGUGAAUAUAAAAAUGGAUAAAGAUAUGGUUAUUGGGAUAUUUUAUAUAAAAAUAAAUAGAUGUAUACUGUUUAAAUUAAAAAAUUUUAGAGGUGGUGGAUUAUAUAGUUAAGGAGGUAACGAAAUUAAAGUUGGAAAAUGGAUUGAAUUAUAUGAGGAGUUUUAUGAUGAUUUAUAAAUCACUUAUAAUGGUAUUUAUAAAUUUGGAAAAAAAGUUGGAAGAUGGAAUAUUUUAUUUAGAAAAAUUGAUAAAUUUCAAUUAAUGUAAACAAAUAAGAAAUUUAUCAAAUUUAUAGUGGUGGUGGAUCAUAUUAGAUAGGAGGCAAUGAAAAUAAAGUUGGAAAAUGGAUUGAGUUGAGUAAUGAGUUUAAAAUACAUUCGUAAAUCACCUAUAUAGGUGAAUAUAAAAAUAGUAAAAAAAUUGGUUAUUGGGAUAUUUAUUGGUAUUGGUUAGGAAACAUAAAGAUGUAUUGCAUUAAAAUUAUGUAAUUGUAAGUGGUGGUGGGUCAUAUGAUGAAGAUGGUAAUGGAACGAAAAUUGGGAAAUGGAUUGAGUAAAGCGAUAAUUUUAGAGAUUAUUCAUAAGUCACUUUUAGUGGUGAUUACAAAAAUGGUUCAAAAAUUGGUAGAUGGAAUAUUUUAUUUAAGAGGUAGAUUAUGGAAUUAAUGUAAAAUAUUAAUGUAAUGCAAAUUAUUAGUGGAGGUGGGUAAUAUUCUUUUGAAGGAGAUGGUGUAAAGAAUGGAAGGUGGACUGAAAUAAAUUUCAAUUUUUCUGUGGAUUUAUAACUUACACAUAUUGGAGAAUAUAAAAAUGGCAAAAAAAUUGGUUAAUGGGAUAUUUGUUAUAGGGAUCGUAGAAUAAAUAAAUUUGAAAAAAUGUUAGUAUAAAAAUUUAGAAAAUUUUAGUGGUGGUGGAUUAUAUUUAUAAGGAGGGGAUGGGUAAAAGGUUGGAAUAUGGAUUGAAUUGAGUGAUUAAUUUAAGCAAUAUGAGCAAAUUUCGUAUGCAGGGGAAUAUAAUAAAAACGGUAAAAAGGUAGGUAGAUGGGAUAUUUGGUAUAAGGAUUCUGAGACAAAAUAUAAUGAAUAGAUGUAUUAUAUUAAAAUAAAAAAGUGGAGGUGGAUAUUACGAUUAAGAAGGUUAGGGCGUUAAAAUUGGAAGUUGGAUUGAGUUAUGCGAAGGAUUUAAGAAAAGUUAGUUGUUUUCAAAAGAAAUCACUUAUAAUGGUGAAUAUAUAAAAGAUAGAAAGGUAGGCAGAUGGGAUAUUAUGUAUCGAGAGUGGAAUAAAGAAAGUUUUCAUUAAAUGUAUAUAAAUAAUAAUAUUCCAAAUUUAGUGGUUAUGGAUAUUAUGAUGAAAGAGGAGAUGGAAUUAAAAUAGGAAAAUGGAUGGAGUUGAGUUAUUGGUUUUAUGUUGAUAGGUAAAUAACUUAUAUUGGAGAAUACAAAAACGGCAAAAAAAUUGGUAUAUGGCUUGAAUUUGAUAUAAAAAAGAAUGAGAUAAUUAAGGAGAUGAAAUAUGAUGAUUGA